ACCACCGCCUUUAAAAUCACAAGGAAAAAUCACAUUCUAUAUAGUAUAGUGUAUAGUACUCAAUUCCUCAAAUUUAUACAUAUAUGGUAUCACUAUAUAUGUUGUGUUAAGCAUUACUAAACAUUGUCUUAACCUUGAAAAAAAGGCCUGCCCGUGGCAUCUUCGUUCUUUUGUAGUGUAAAACUACUUAAAAAAAAAAAAAAUGGCUGACCGGAAAAGUUAUGAAGAGGAGGAGUUGCAAGAACCGGUGAGCCCAACCGGACAGUAUUUCAGCAGCUCGGUGAUGUCGGUGGCGGUGAUCGGUGUUCUUGAGUCUGAAAUCCCAAUUGAAGAAGAUGACUCUUUACAAGUGAAAUUGCUUCAGGAAGUUUUCUUGCCUAUCAAUCCACGUUUUUCUUCCAUCAUGGUCAAGGAUGAAAAGGGAGUGAAACAUUGGAAAAAAGUGGAAGUGAUCCCCAAAAACCACAUUCAUGUGCCUGUAUUUCCAGAGGGGAAAUCAAUAGAAUUCUAUGAUGAAUGCUUCAAUGACUACUUAUCAAACAUGGCGUUACAACCAUUCCCACAAAAUCAACCAUUGUGGGAAAUUCACAUAAUCAAGUACCCUACCAAAAAUGCAGCCGGAAAUCUUGUUUUCAAGCUUCAUCAUGGACUUGGUGAUGGUUAUUCACUCAUGGGAGCCCUUCUUUCUUGUUUGCAAAGGGCUGAUGACCCUUCACUCCCCAUCAAAUUUCCUGAAUUUCAAUUGGACAAUCAAAAUGGGAAGAAUGGUGGAGAUAGCAUAUUUAAAAAAGUACCUCAAAUCAUUUCCGGGAUUGGGAAUACGGUAUCUGACUUCGUAUGGGGGAUGUUGAAGAGCACCAUAAUUGAAGAUGACAAAACACCAAUUAGGUCGGCUGAAGAAUGGGUGGAAUUUAAACCCAUGACCAUAACAACAAUGACGUUUUCUAUUGAUGAAAUCAAGCAAAUGAAGGCCAAUCUCAACGUGUCGGUAAAUGAUGUAAUAUGUGGGGUUAUAUUUCUUGGGACUCGGCUGUACAUGAAAGAAAUGGACCCUGAAAAAACCAACGCAUCUUCUUCGGCCUUGGUUUUAUUGAGCACAAGAGCCAUCAGAGGGUACAAGACGGUGAAGGAUAUGGUGGAGCCAAGCUCCAAGACUCCAUGGGGGAACCAUUUUGCCUUCAUGCAUGUUUCCCUACCAAAGUUGACCAAACAAGAGGCUUCUAACCCGCUGAGUUUUGUCCUCGAAGCCCAAAAGAUCAUCAAGUCCAAAAGGAACUCCGCUGGGGUGCUUCUCACUGGCAAAUUGCUCGAUGCUUUGCGAAAAUAUAGUGGACCUGAGGUGACAGCGAAAUUUAUUAAGAAGACGCUAACCAAUUCCAGCAUGACAGUGUCGAAUGUAUUUGGACCAGUGGAUCAACUGGCUUUAGCUAAUCAUCCAGCUAAAGGCAUUUACUUCAUGAUGGCUGGCUCCCCACAGAAUCUAACAAUAACAAUGGUGAGUUACAUGAGAAAGCUGAGGGUGGCAAUUGGGGUGGAAAAAGGGUUGAUUGAUGCUUCCAAAUUCAAGUCAUCAAUUGAGGAGGCCUACACUGCAAUUCGGAACGCGGCGGCGGUGGGUUCCAGUCCAGUCAAUUAAAUUGAAUAUAUACUUUUCCACCACCAAAUUAGUUAUUCUGGCAUUUACUCCAUUACCCUCAUUUACACAUGCUUUGAUUUUAAUUUCCGGCCACGGGUUAUAUAUACAUAUAUAUAUAUAUAUAUGUAUAUUAAAUAAUAAUACUUUAAAACUGUAUGUACCCAAUCUGAUUCUCUCUUAUUCAAAAUGUCUCGAAAAAAGGUGUUUCUUGUGUAUUUGUGUUGCUAAAGUACUAAUAAUACUCCUUUGAUAUGAACAAAAAUGGCAAUACAAUUUUCUUUUCUUUUUUUCUUUUUUUUUUUU